GAGUGGGUCCGCAGGCCAGGCACUUCCCCCUUUCCCAGUGACGUCUCUGCAGCGUGCUUAUAAAAGGCCCUGAGACGCCCAGCAGAGGCUCUGGCACCUCCAGAGCUGAGAAGGAACAAGGGGGCAUCCACGCCGUCGCCUGAGGGAUUGCAGGCGGCAGUGGUAACAGCUGUCGUUGUGCGACAGGACAAAAUCAAGUGGCCUUUUUCCAGCUGGGACACUGCUUUUGCCCCAGCCGACUUCAGAUCGCGUAGCCCUUGGCUUAGAACUUUUGGAGGUGGCACCAUGCCGGGUACCUCUUGGGGUCCCGCAGCAUCCCUUUUCCCCUCCAAAGAAAGCUGCUGCGGAAUUGCUGAGCUCAGAGGUGUCUCCAAGAUCUGUGAUUCGAUUGAGUAAUUUCUUUUGUCAAUUUUUUCUUUUAAAACCUAGAGAGGAAAGACAAAUUCCCCAGAGCUUGCUGAAGCUUGAAGAAGAGUAGAACGAAGCUGCCUGAUCAAGUUUUUGCUUUCUGCAAUCCCUUUGCUUCCCGAAGUCCGCUCUGCUCUAGAAAAAAGGAUUCUGACCGGAGACACGGAACCUCCUGUUGCUUAGAGCUUUGCACUUCCAUUAUUCUGCAUAGCACUCCGCUCCCUAGAGGAACCAGCGGAGGCAAGAUCUAGAGGGUUUAACUCUAGAAGAAGCACAAUGGAUAAUAUUCUGCAGAGUAACUCAGACCUUGCCCUCUCCCUAAAUGUCUCCUCCAACAACUCAGAAGCCAACCAGUUCGUGCAACCGGCUUGGCAGAUCGUUCUUUGGGCAGCUGCCUACUCUAUUAUUGUGGUGACCUCUGUCGUGGGUAAUGUGGUGGUGAUGUGGAUCAUCUUAGCCCACAAGAGGAUGAGGACAGUGACCAACUACUUCCUGGUGAACUUGGCCUUCGCAGAAGCUUCUAUGGCCGCCUUCAACACAGUAGUGAACUUCACCUAUGCCAUCCACAAUGAGUGGUAUUAUGGACUAUUUUACUGCAAGUUUCACAACUUCUUCCCGAUUGCUGCUGUCUUCGCCAGCAUCUAUUCCAUGACUGCUGUUGCCUUCGAUAGGUACAUGGCAAUUAUCCACCCCCUCCAGCCUCGGCUGUCGGCUACUGCCACCAAAGUGGUCAUCUGUGUCAUCUGGUCCCUGGCUCUGCUGCUUGCCUUCCCCCAGGGGUACUACUCCACCACAGAAAUCAUGCCCAACCGAGUGGUGUGCAUGAUCGAAUGGCCAGAGCAUCCCAGCAGGGCUUAUGAGAAAGUGUACCACAUCUGUGUGACUGUAUUGAUCUACUUCCUCCCUCUGUUGGUGAUUGGUUAUGCAUACACCAUGGUGGGCAUCACCCUCUGGGCGAGUGAGAUUCCUGGGGACUCCUCUGACCGCUAUCAUGAGCAAGUGUCUGCCAAGCGCAAGGUGGUCAAGAUGAUGAUUGUGGUGGUCUGCACAUUCGCCAUCUGCUGGCUGCCCUUCCACAUCUUCUUUCUGCUGCCCUACAUCAACCCAGACCUUUAUAUGGAGAAGUUCAUCCAACAAGUCUACCUGGCCAUCAUGUGGUUGGCCAUGAGUUCCACAAUGUACAACCCCAUCAUUUACUGCUGCCUCAAUGACAGGUUUCGCAUUGGCUUUAAGCAUGCCUUCCGGUGUUGUCCAUUCAUAAAUGCUACAGAAUAUGAGGGUCUUGAAAUGAAGUCUACCCGCUAUCUGCAAACCCAAGGCAGCAUGUAUAAAGUCAACAGAAUUGAGACCACUGUCUCUUCAGUCGUUGGGGUCAAUGAGGAUGAGUUAGAAGAUGGCUCCAAAGCCAAACGCUUAUCCCUUGAUCUCACUUCCAAUGGUUCCUCACGAAGUGAUUCCAAGACCAUGUCUGAAAGCUUCAGCUGCUAUUCCAACACUAUCUCCUAAACCUGGUUCCAGUGGGGCAGCUAGCCAGGAAGUGCUGCCUUCCACCUUCACACCAGGCCUUCAUGAGCCAUUCACCAAGGUGCAUCCAUGUCACCGUCUUUUUUUUUUUAAUUAUUAUUUCAUUUCAGACGGGCAUGACAUUUAUGAUCUAGAGGCAAUCAAACAUUCCCCAGGAUAGGGCCUGUGGAAAGUAAUAGUGUGAAAAGGUGAAAGAUCACUGGAUCUGGGAAGCUUAGCUCUAGUCUAGCUUCUGCCACUUAUGUGUUACAUGAUCUUGGACACCUCAUGUUAUCUCUGUGAGCCCCAGUUCCCUGGACCAUUCAAUAAGAAAGUUGGAUGAAAUAUUCUGUAACAUCUUUGCAGAUGUAAGAUUCUGUAAGGGAGCUAAUGAACAAAGUGAAGAAAACACAGGUGGCAGGAAGAAAUGAUCAACCACUCCAUGUGUGGUCUCAUUUAUCACAUGAACUUGUCCUCCCAGAUAGCAACCAUUCCCAUGCUGCUCUUUACUCAGAGAGGGGAGCAGGAAAAGGAAUAUUCGAGAUGCCAGAGAAGAUGAUCUUAAAUAUUAGAGAAGAUGAAUGUCUACAAGCAGUUCCUAAUAUCCCAGCCAUUCAACAAAUUCAGUCAGCUUUGCAGUGACAUCAUCGGAUUCUUCCAUGAUGUCUCUUCUUUGUGGCUGCCCUCAAUUAGUUUCAGCAGGAUUUAACCAUGAGCACAAUCCAAUUAUCUGUUAGGAACCAAGAGUCAAAAAACCAGACUACCAUAAAUUGACCAAGUAAUCUCAGGCAGGUCACUUCUCUCUUGACUUCAAUAUAUUCCUCUGUAAAAUGAAAGAGAGUUGAAUUAGUAGAUCUAUAAAAUCCAAUCCAUGUCCUACCUUAUGUGUUCUAAGUUAUCACCAAUUUUCACAUUCUAUGACUUUGUGACCCAGUGACCAAACCUGCUCAAAAAUACCUGAUAAACUGUGACGCUUUUGACAAAUCUUUUCAUCUCUCUGAACAUUUUAGCUUUCUCUCCUAUAAAGCAAAAAGAAGUUAGAAUUAGUUGGUUUGUCUGAUCUUUUCCAGCACUGAAAUUCUAUUCCAUUUCCAGAAUAUUCCAUAUUCUAAGAGACAUUCCACAUCUGAUAUUCCAUAUUCUAUCUUCCAACAUCCCUCUAGUUCUCACAUUCCAUGACUUUAUGAUUCAGGGGUUCUCCCUGACCAAAAAUAUUUGAUAAAUUAUGUGACAUAGAUCAAAUUGUUAUGCCACUGUGGGCCUCAGUUUUCUCCUCCAUAAUUAGGAAGAGAUGUUUAAGGGUCCAUAGUUGAGGGUCAUUCCCAACUUAAUAAAGGUAUGGUCCAAACAAAUCUUAACAUAUGCCCAGAGAUAACUCAAUAAGCCAGAGUAUAAAUAGCAGUAGAUGCCAGAAACCAAAGUCAGGCAGCUUAAGGUUCAUUUAACACUCUUUGGAAGGAGCACAACAAGUUUAGAAAUCAGUGUACAUAUGGUACAGUACAGUGUGUGGACCUCUUAGUGAAGUUAAAGGUCAGUAACUUGAGGGAAAUGGGAACAUGGAAAUAGUUACCUAGGAGCAAAGAUGUCUUGGAGUAAAGCAGGCGUCUUAGAGUCCAUGAGAAUUAGCAUUCUGGGCUCCAACCCCAUUAAAGCCAAUUUGUCCAUGCCUCCUGAUGCCUUGACUAUGUUCAUCAAUAUGAAGGACAAAGAAAUGUGAGGCUGGUGGAUACUCUGUGCUCAACAGUCUCUUCUAACCCUGGCAUGUAUGAUUUUAUGAUGAUGAUUCCAUUAAAAAAAAAAGAAUUCUUAUUUGAAAUGGAGUUCUCAAGAAGAAGAGAAAAAUAUGGGAAAAUCCAGUAACUAAUAAGCAACGUGGGUUUCCUUCUCUGGAAAAGUGGCUCUUACGAGGAGCCAUAUGUAAAUAGGCACAUUGGAUAUGCUUCCUGAAUUCAUCCUCCAAGCUGUUUACUGCAUUCCCCUCCCAGGGACCUGGUGGUCAUCUCUCCAAUGAAAACUGUCAUUUAUGAAGCUCAAUCUCUUAAUGUUAGUUGCUUUUAGGAAGCCAAACUUUUGUCAUGGACCUCCCAGGUCUACUCCUAACUCUAGCAUGCAGCAGGCUUUCCCCACACUGCCAAAGGCUCCAUGGCCUCUCCCUACUAGCAGCCAGGGAGAGAAAAGACAUCUGGAUCCUGCUCCCACCGGUUAUGUGUUUCCUGGGGAAUUCAGUUUGCAUGUGAAUCCAUGUGGAACUUCCUCAAUCACUAAGACUUUCUGAGAAAGACCAAGCAUUUAUAAAGCAAUUGGCUAUGCUAGUGAUAUUCUCCUGCUUGCCACUGAGAUGUACCAAAUGAAUCACCCUAUGUUCAGAGACUUAUUGAAAUUAGCUUCCUUGGGUCAACCAAUCUGCCAGCCAUCUCCUGGCAAUUGUGAUGGCUUUCAUGAUGAAUGUUGUUCUAUCCCUUUGAGAUAAUCAAUCGACCCAAGAGAGUCAUGAUGAAACUUUCUUUCUUGUUUUGGCUUUUGAGAACUAUAAAUGUGAUGUCUCUAAAACAUUCCUACCCAAAUUCCAUUCAAUUCCUAGGAUUUCAUGCUGAAGAUAUUUGGGGUAGGGUAGAAGAAGCUCUGACCAGGAAAAGCAACAUGGUGAUAUUUCUUUCUAGGUAAUCAUCUCAUGGAUGAAUAGUUUACAUUGGUAAUGGUAAAGAGUUUGACAUAGGAAGGCAAAUACUCACAUGUGUUAAUCUUGGGUCUUCUGGGACCCUCAGAGUCAUUAGUAGAUUUUGAUAGCCCUAACAUAAUAGUAGCAUGGUACAGCAGGGAAAAAAUGAAACUAGAAAUCAGAAGACCUGAGUUCAAGUCCUAACAACUAUUAUUGCCUGUUACCUUGGACAAGUCACUUAAGCACUCAAGGCCUCCAUUUUCCCAUCUAAAUUGCCACACAUAUACACACACCUUGAAGAAGCAUCAGGGAGUAAAAGAUUCUUAAGACAUCCCAGUGGUAUUUUGCUACUACUUUUCUGUUACCUUCAGUAUGAUGUAAUCUUAUCCCUCUGCCUUUUAACACAGAAAUUAUUCCAGAAAUUUUUUCCAACAUUUCAAAAACAUUUUAAUAAAACAAAUUAGUCAUAUAAUAACGAAAAGUUCUCAGCCUUUGUAUAGGUUGAAGCCCAAGGCAGGAAGCUUUGAGGAAGUGGUACUUAGUAGGCACCAUUCAGGACCAGGAUUUUUAUCUAGUUUUGCUACUGGAAAAUAUGGCGUAGAAAAAUCUGGCUAUAAGCGAUAUCAAAUGUGCUUACCAUGAACCUGCUUUCUUGUUCUCUUCAAUUUUUGUUUCUGCUCUUUACUUCUUACUGACUACAACCAUUGCUGCUCCCUGUAGGCUGCCUACAGAGAGAGUGGGCAGUUUUCCAAAGUACCAUAUAUUAGAAACAAAUCAUUGGGGACUCCAUCCCCUCCAGUGGAGAGAGUCUUCUAUACUGGAUUGUUAUAUAAUGCAGAUCACACACAAACAGUAACAAACAAAAAUCCUGCCCACUUAGCCUAAAGUUUAAAGCUAGGGAGAUACAUGAGAAAACCCAGGAGGGGUGUGAUGGAAAGCUCUGUUGAAUUGGAAUGUAAAAGUCAGGGGUCAAAUAACAGCUUUCACACUUGUUCACAUAAUUUUGGGCAAACCCUUUAACCACUUUGAUCAUCCAUCAUCCUGUUAGUCUGGGAGUCUGAGGAGUAAAAUUUAAACAUACUUAAAUAUAUCAAUGGGUCUAUGGUUUUGUGGAUAGUUGGUGGAUAUCCUCCACUGGCCACUCCAUGCUUUAGUAGACCUCUUUAUGAGUUGCUGUAUUAAAAUAGUCAUCAUCAUCAUCAUCAUCAUCAUGUGACCACUCCUCUAGUAAUGAGGCUAUCCAACUCUACACCUACCCAGACCAGUCAAUCCUUUGGCAUCAGACACAUGCUCUAACCAAUACAUGAAGCCUUAGACUGAUCAAUCCUCAGACAUAAAACACAUGUGUCUUUUUUUAAAAUAAUAUUUUAUUUGAUCAUUUCCAAGCAUUAUUCAUUAAAGACAAAGAUCAUUUUCUUUUCCUCCCUCCCCACCCCCCAUAGCUGAUGCGUGAUUCCACUGGGUAUCACAUGUGUUCUUGAUUCGAGCCCAUUGCCAUGUUGUUAGUAUUUGCAUUCGAGUGUUCGUUUAGAGUCUCUCCUCAACCGCUGUAGUCAGGCAGUUGCUUUUCCUCAGUGUUUCUACUCCCACAAUUUGUCCUCUGCUUAUGGAUAGUGUUUUUUCUCCUAGAUCCCUGCAGAUUGUUCAGGGACAUUACACCGCCACUAAUGGAGAAGUCCAUUACAUUCGAUUAUACCUAAAACACAUGUGUCUUAAACAAUACAUAAAGCAUUAGUAGCUUGACAGAACCUAUCAGAAUUCUCAUUGCACUUUCAGCUUUCAAGAAUCUAAGAUUCCCUACAUACCACAAUGAGGCAUCAAAGUAGAACUUUGAGGAAGAAAAUGCAUUCAAAUGUAUUUGUGGAAAUUCAAAGCAACUUUUCAUUUAUUGAUAGGAUCAAAUAGAUUUCAUGUAGCAAUUUAAUAAUUAACCCUACCUGUUCCAGCUCACUAAGGUUGGGCUUUAUUCAUGACAAAUAAUGUUAAGAAGAAAGAACAGAGAGUUUCCAAAUGAGGAAAACUUCUAGAAAAGGUUGUAUUUUAUCCCUUCAGCUAGUUACUAAGUUAUCAGCUGAUAACUCAGCAAAAGAAAACAAUAGUUACUGCCUUUCCUUCUCUUUAAAUGCAUGCAUCAUGAAGGCAGUACUCUACUAUUCAGGUAAAAAUAUCUGUAUGGUACAGCAUUUACUUGUAAUACAAUUUAGCUGUUUUCACUUCUGUGGCUUAACUGGGUUCUCCUAAUGUCUUGGUCCUAAAUUCAAAGAGUUCCUUCAGUCUAUCUAGCACAAGGAAGUACAGUUGUAGUUGGAUUUGCUAAGACAGGCUUUAUUGAAAUAUUCCUAGAGAGAAAAAGGAAGUUAGCAAUUUCUAGAUGACUAUAAGUAAUUGUAGCCUCUCUGCAAGGCUCCUUCUAGCCCCAAGACCAUCACAAAUUCCAGAGUUAUAAAUCUACUUCAGAGAUUUGUUCUAAAUAGAUAAGGAUUGCUCUUAGAGCAAGGGACCUGUCCUUUAGAUCUAAAUAAGGUUUUGUUUUGUUUUUUUAGUGAAGGAUCAUGUGAUAAGAUAAGAUCCUUAACCUGACUUCUGUUGACUCCUUUGUAUCUUAUAGUUCAGGGGGUUCAUGAACUUGAUAUAAGUGGGGAGGGGGAGGAAUUACAUCUUUAGUUGCCCUAAACUUUGGUUUUUGUUAUAAACCAAUAUAUUUUGAGCUGAAAAUAUUAUUUUGAAACGAGGUCCAUGUACUUCAUCAGACUAUCAAAGUUAAAAUAAAAUAUUUUAAGAACUCCCUGACUAAGGGGACCUCACUUGAACUUAUCGUACACCAAAAUAUGUUAACCCUUCAGAGUGUUUUUGCCACUGUGGUUUCAAGUACUGGGCAUAUUCCCAGAGUUGAGGUGAUUUGUGUAGACCUCUGGAAAUUUCAAUGACUCCUGAACUGAAUGUGCUUCCAUGAUUCCUAGUUAAAAUGUUAAUAAUGAGCUGAAGGUCACCAAAAAACUAUAUCUGCUGAUCCUGAGAUCUCUAGUACCAGGACUCCUUACUAUCAUGAGAUAACUUAAUACCAUGCCUCAGUCUUUGAUAAAGUGAUUUGAUCUAGCAGGCUCAAUGGACAAAGGUCCUUGUAAAGCUGAUUUCAUCCAAGAUGCUGAAUAUAAAUUCCAUGUACUGACAUUGGAACUCAAAUAUAUUUGAUUAAACUCGUGUAUUGGACUUUGACAAAGCAGCUUCUGAGCUCUAGCAAAAAUCUAUAGGAGAUGUAGCCUUGGUCAUACAAAAAAUCAACGCAAGAAAGUAUAAUUGAAAGAACCCUCCACAAGUCAUUAGGAGAUCUGGGUUUGAUGCUUAGCACUAUCAUAUAACCUUGUAAAACUCAUCACCUCUCCAGAACUCAGCUUCCUCCUACGAAAAUGAGAAUGUUUGACUGAAUGAUCUUUAAGAUCCUUUUCAGCUAUUAUAAUUGGGAUUUGAAAUCUCCAGUUGAGGCAACUUUUGCAAGAACCUUUGCAGUCUCUGGUCUCUUAAUAUGUAUUAUAUGCAAAAUUUUCUUUUUUCAACUCAAACCAAGUCCCCAGUGGAAAAGGACCCUGUGCUUACCCAUUAAAGAAUUGCCUGGAAAAGCAAAUUUGCUUUUAAUUGUGUUGUUUAAGAUAACGAAGUCUCCUAUUUCAUGGUCUGAGGCUCUAAACAAGAAUGAUUAGGAUCACUUCCAGCCACAGCUGCUGAACAUUCAAAAUUUAAAUUGAGCCAAAUAAUUUGCUCAGUCAUCCUUGGAUGCCUCAUUUCAAUUUUGAGCUAAUCCUGAGUUCUGGAAGGCAUUGCCAAUGGAAAACAAGCUCUAAAAGGUGCCACCAAGAGGGAAAGCCUUUAAGAAGGAACCGAGGAUGGAUUCUAAUUCUGUUAUUUGAGGAUUAACCUGACAUACUCACAGCCACUUGUCAUGAGGUGGAUACCAGGUGAAUUUUUUUUUUCAGCUAGAGCAUCUUACAAAGAAUACUCACUAAAGCUUAGAGGAGUUGUAAUAUAUCAGUGAGGAGGGUCUUAAUGUGGAUGAAAUCACAAAUCUGAAAAAAUUGAAGUAUAUGUGAUCUUUUUGAAUAUACCCCCAGUGUGAUGGAUUUUGUGGUGUGCUCUCUCUCUUUUUCUAGUCUUGUCAGUUUCUAUAAAUAUUGUAGGAGAACUUCCUUACCACAGCAACAAAACAGCAAUGUAUGUGUAAAAAAAAAUGAAGUGUUGAUUCUGUUUCCUCUUAAGGCUAAACAUAUUUUCAUAAAUAAAUGGAUAUUUCAUGAGUA